GAAAAAAUGAGAUGGAAGCAGGAUCAGCUGUGUUUAAGGAUAGAGGAAGGGGGAGAUGUUGGUAGACUUGGCCAUAUUCUCAGAAAAUAUGGAGGUUUGGAAUCUGGGUUAUCAGAGGAUCCAAGAAGAUGCUCAUCGUCUUCCCAUAGAUGUCAUCAUGCGGCGCACGCAUACACCUCAAUACCUUGCUCAGUGUAUACAAGAGGAAUAUCUGGUGUUCGACCAAGUUUAAACAAGGAACGGAGCAAGACUGUUGAAAAUAGUCAGGACGGAUGGGAGCUGUUUACUCCAGAGGAUAAUAAAACCAAACUCAUAAGGGAUCAACAUUAUCGACAACUUUUCCAGGACACGGUUCCUGAGAAGAAGUAUGGGGGUAGAGGAGGAGAUGUUCUUGAUACAACUAAAAAAUAUUAUGUAUCCUUCACCAUCAGGCCGAAGCAAAAAGGAUCUGCCAAUAAAUCUAACAUGUUCAGAGUCGAGGAGAAAACAUUUUAAAUUUCGUAAAGGGAUUGUUCAGAUAUUUAAGUAAGGUUGGAGGUAUCAAUAAUCAAUAAAUAGCUCUUAUCUAUACCUUGAUAACAAUUGGUGAAGCAAAAUCCUCUUUUUUUGCCUGCAUUUCAUAAAUAUAUGUAAAACCACUUUAAUUUUUAAAGGUUUACUUUAAGUUUAGCAUAUUUUUCAAAUUUCUUAGCAAUUCGUGUAAUAUCGUUGUGUUCUAUAGUUCAAACAGUUAGAUAUCGAUUUCUAUUUACGUAAUAUUUACGCCAAAAAGGAAUUGAGUUUUUGCCACAAACUCUGAUUUUCUAAUCUCUAUA